AUGGCCAGUCAGUUCUGUCUCUCUCUCACCCGGUGCCUUUCUCCCCUGAAACAGAACUUGGAGUUGAACUUCAGAGAAAUCCAGGCGGGUAUGUCCCUAGCGAUCCAACGCAGCGACAAGAGGAUUCACCAGGCUGUGGUCACUGAGAUCAACAAGAAAAACUCUUGCGUUACGGUUGAGUGGGUGGAGAAAGGAGUCAAAAAAGGCAAGAAGAUUGACCUGGAGACCAUAUUCCUCCUGAACCCAGAUCUAGCCUCUGCUGAGCACCAAAAGACAUGCGGUAAUCCUCUGCACCCCUUGUCUGCCUUCGGGGAUCAACGUACCACCGCGGGUCCGUGGAUCACCCAGUUGGUCCCCCAGAUAAAGGAAACACCCUCUGGGGACAGCCCAGCCUUGGUGUUCCCCAGCAAUCCGUGUCUGGUGAAGCAGAGAAAGUCCCCCUGCCUGAGGGAGAUUGAGAAACUGCAGAAGCAGCGGGAGAGGCGCAGAAGGCUGCAGCUAGAGAUCCGAGAGCGACGCGCCAUGGACGUCAACACCGGGAACCCCAACUCUGAGACGAGUCGCAUGAUCGAAGAGUACCGCAGGCACCUGGGCAGCCACAAGGUGUGCAGCCCAGAGGCCUCACCAGUCCAUCGUAUCUGUGUGUGCGUGAGGAAACGGCCCCUCAACAAGCGAGAGACCAGCAUGAAAGACCUGGACAUCAUCACCAUCCCCUCAGAUCACGAGGUCAUGGUGCAUGAGUCCAAGCAAAAGGUGGAUCUCACCCGCUACCUGGAGAACCAGACCUUCUGUUUUGACCAUGCCUUUGAUGACACAGCCUCCAAUGAGUUAGUCUACCAGUUCACUGCCAGGCCCUUGGUGGAAUCGAUCUUCCACAAGGGCAUGGCCACCUGCUUUGCCUACGGACAAACGGGCAGCGGGAAAACGCACACCAUGUGCGGAGCCUUUUCCGGAAGUCUCCAAGAGUGCUCUAAAGGCAUUUAUGCCUUGGUGGCUCAUGAUGUUUUUCUUCUGCUCAAAAACGCCACUUACGAGAAGCUGCAUCUCAAAGUCUAUGGGACGUUUUUUGAGAUUUAUGGAGGCAAAGUGUACGACUUGUUGAACUGGAAGAAAAGGUUGCAGGUUCUGGAGGAUGGCCAUCAGCAGAUGCAAGUGGUCGGGCUGCAGGAGAAAGAGGUGUGUUGCGUGGAGGAAUUACUGAGCCUGGUGGAACGGGGGAACAGCUGCAGGACUUCCGGGCAGACAUCGGUCAAUUCCCACUCCUCCAGGAGCCACGCUGUGUUCCAGAUCAUUCUAAAGUCUAAGGGAACACUUCACGGCAAGUUCUCCCUCGUUGACUUAGCUGGGAAUGAGAGGGGAGCCGAUACCGCCAGGGCCAACCGCAGGCGGCAGCUGGAAGGGGCAGAGAUCAGUAAGAGUCUCCUGGCCCUUAAAGAAUGUAUCAGGGCUCUGGGUCAGAACAAGCCACAUACCCCAUUCCGAGCUAGCAAACUCACGCAGGUACUUCGGGAUUCCUUCAUAGGUCAUAACUCUUCCACGUGUAUGAUUGCUACCAUCUCACCGGGGUUGGCCUCUUGUGAAAACACCCUCAACACUUUAAGGUACGCCAAUAGAGUGAAAAAAUUAGCUCUAGAUCUCAGGCCCUGUCCUCGAGGUGCCUCUCCCACAAGACCUGAGCCACCACGGAUGUCAGGAAAGCCAACGAGGAAUUCAGACACGACCCUUCAGAGGGAUGGGAUUGAUAAAACUCCUGGUGCGCAAAAGGAGCCGGUCGGACAGCGUGAGCGCCUAGCCACGUUAUCUGCAUCACUCAUGAACCAUGCGGCCACGACAUGGAAGGAGGCCAAUGAAUGGUGGGAAAGCAUCCAGGAGACAACUAUGGGAGUCGACUGGGAGACAGAUUUCUGCAUGGCCCACUCCUUGUCCAUUUUGGAUCAGAAAAUUGAUGUGCUGGCUGAGAUCCAGAACAAACUCAAACUAUUACGAGCUGAGCUCCAGAAGAGGAACAAAGUAGAGGGGAGCCGAGGACAAGAGAUCAGGACUGAAAAUAAUGGGUAG